AACAUUUUUGGAGUGUAAGUAGUCCACAACAAACUGAAAGCAGAAUCACUAAACGCACUGUGUGCAUGCGUUUGUUUGGUUUGUUUACGGCAAAUAGCGGUAAAUCAGAAGCAGUUAUACGGUAGUUUGCUAUGGACCGUAGUCUACGGCUCAAUAUGUUGUGAAUUGUGAUACGGUAGUUAAUAAAGAGUUAUGGAAUCCUUCCGCGCCAACGUUUUCGAUUGCCUGAAGCAACCAGACGAAGGAAACUCCCGGUUUGUAAAUAAACAUGUCCGUAAGCUGACCGAGGUGGAGAAUUUUAAACGGCUGCAUUCCGCCUCGCCAAGAAUCCCGGCUGAAGGUUCGUCGCUGCGCAUGUUCGGAUGCGAAUGGUUCGACCUGGGCGAUAAAGCAAUGCUGGAGAUGUCCAUUUCGGCAAGGGACAUACUCGCAAAGAUAAUGGACGAGAAAUGGCGAAGGACGGCAAGCCACUUCAGGUACUGUUUGCACAUAGCAGAGGUGAUUUUACUUCUUCGGAUGAUUCUGGGCAGAACGGAUUCAGACGGAAAGGAGCUGCAGGCAGCAAUUUCAAAACUGUACAAUGUUUUACCGGAACCGGUAAGAGCUGUGAUGAACACGAGCAGAACAUCAGUCGACGAGAUGAGUGUGGAAAUGUACGAUUCCUUUCAUGGGAUGUUGAAUUUCCAAUGGUACGGAUUUUUAAUCGUGUAUGAAAUGGAACAGCGCGGGAAACUUGGCAAACCACCCGAAGACUAUGAAUCAAUAUUUCGAAGGCUCAUUGAGAAGUUGAUUCGGAUUGCAGUGUUCAGGUAUGCCCACCUUUCAAAGAGCGAUUUACCGUCCUGUGGGCCAUUCUACUGCACGUGUGUGCGUAACUUUUGGUUCGCAGUCAUAAUUAUGGCUAAGAGUGGAACAAAACAGCUUGAUUUCUGGGGUUGUCUGCACAAUGCUCUUGAAAGAGUACAGAAGGGAGCCGAUGCGGAAACGGAAUUGCCAGCAAAUGAUUCGCUGUUUAUUGUAUGGUUUAUACAUGGGAUAGCAUCGCUUCGCCAAUAUAGUCACCUGGACGAGCAAACCUUCCUAGAAACUCCUGUGGUUGAAACUGGAAACAAUUUUACUCUGUUGGAUAAAGCAGUCAAAGAAUUCACCGAAAAGGAUAAGCCAGAAGAGCAAUUGAGGGUCCUAUUGUUACUUAUCAGGCCUAUCUAUUGCGACUGGUGGCGGCCGCUGAAGCAUGAUUUUUUAUUUCCAUUGUGGGAAUACUUCAGCAAACGCUUGAAUUCGUCAUUUGAGCUUCCACCGAAUUGGCUUAGCAAACCGGCUCCGCCUACGAUAAACCGAUCCUUAACUGAGCUGCUGAAACAGGCCAGUUACCAAGCCAGUAAGAAAUCAUACGAAACGAUGCAUUACCGCACGUCUAGCCUUAGCUGCUUCCUGAGGCUUCUCACUUUUAUGGUUCGUCAUUACUCCGAUAAGGAACAGAAACAAAAAGUUCAAAUUCUCUUCAACCGGACCGUCCUAAGACUUACUCCUGCUAAGUUGGCACUCCUAACAGAGCAAGGCAUCUACAACUACGCGUUAAUCAUGAUUGCCAUGGUAGAAUCGACUCCCUACCAAAAUGAUCACCACCGUGUUUCGAAGCAAAUGCUCCAGUUCAAGCUAAUCCAACCGGGUCCCACAGGAAAUAUCGAUAUCACGAUUCGCCGUAUUAUUACGAUAUGUAUGGGCAACGCUGCGCUGCUUGUGGUGCUUAGCCGACGACAAUUCGACAAAACAGCAUAUUUGAAACAUCUUCUGGACAUGAUCGAAGCAGCAUGGAGAAAGUAUGGAGAUCGAUUGCAACCGGCGCUGCACGUGCUUGCCGAGGCAAUGGAUGCUGUGUACAAUGAUGUCAUCUCCACUAAAAGGCAGCUGGACAAAGGGGACGAAAAAUUCAUUGGUGGCUGGUUAUCGAGGUACCUGGGCGGGUGCUCUAAGAGUGAACGCGUUGCGCUGUAUAAAACCGUCAGCUGUCUGUUCAACUGUCUGCGUUUGAAGCAAUCUUAUCGCACCGAAGACCAUCAUGACCUGCUACGACCGUUGUACGAAAUAGUGCUUUCCUCUGCCAAGAAUGCAUUCAUCAAGGCCGACAAGCCAUGUUCGAUUAUCGCGAAAGUAGCAGCAGACUUCACAUUGUUUUCCACAGGACAGCCGUUCGCAGAUCAUUUCUAUGAAAUGGUUUCCAAUUUUGCUGAUAACCGAUCGGCGCAUCCUGGAAUGCGAUUAAAAUACGUCACACUGAUCGUCAAAAGUGAACGAGCCAGCGAAAUUGAGCAAAAGUUCAUUAUCAAAUACUGGUUGAAGUUGGCAUUCCAGAAUACCGCGGAGGAGAUGCGAGAAUUUUCCCAGCUGGUUCUGCAAAUGAGCGAAUUCAGAGCACUUUGUGAAAUCCCUUCUCAUGACCUGAUCGAAGAAGGUGAAGAACCUCUGAGACUGUUCUUCAAGUUCGUUGGCAAGAAGUAUAGGGAGUUGGAGGGGAACAGCAGUAUGCAGUACGAUAUGCAGAAAAAAAUACAUUCACUAUUCAAAGACUUCGACCGAUGGUUCCUCAAAACGAAUGCAUCACUGUUGAACAAAAUCUUGUCGAUUCUUGCGCUGGCACUUAAGGAGUGUGCUCCCUUGAUAUACAUCAGAAGCAACGGAACGUGCUUGUAUCAUUUAGCCUUUACUCAAUACUUCCUUCCGAUGUCCGUGCUCACCAAUAGAGGUGUGCCCAACGAACUAGUAUUGGCCAUGAGAAAUAUGUGGUAUCGGAUAAUGGACGCCAUUGGACGAAUGAGGUACGAUUACGAUAACGUGAUAGGCGACCAUGUUACAAACAUGAUGGUCAAGUGGGCUCCUCAUUUCGACAAAUUCAAAGACAAAAAAGACAUCGCUAAGCCGUACACGCUGUUGAUUUCGUCUUUGAAUGGACCAUUCGUCGAAUUUGCAUUUAAGCGAUAUUUAUUCUCGUACGUGGAACUUCAGAAAGACGCCCCAAAAACGGAUGCCGAGAUCGGAUUGAGACUGCUGCUGUACGUUCUGGAGUCGCUGCAAGCCAUUGAAGACAACGGAAAGAUAGCGUUGUUUAUCCGAUUGGCUGGAUCCACUAUUAUGACCCACGCCUCAUUUUGUGCCGAUGCGUAUCCGAGCAAGUUAGUAGCCAUCAGCAUAACUUUCAGUUUACUCGAUUACGCCAAAGGCAGAUCAAACCAGGUGAAGGACGAACUCCAAAACAGUUUGGGGUUGUAUAUAAGGCGGCACCUACCAUCGGAUACAAGCCAUUUCUAUCGUUUCAUUGCCAAGCUGGCGGAUAGAAAUCCAGUAUUCAUGAAACCCGCAGUUUCGAAGAUUCGAGCGGAAAUCUGGGAUACGGAGUGUUCGAAAGAUGACGAUGACUGCAAGAAUAUUCGCCGACAGGUGUAUCAACUGGAUGGAGCAGUAGAGGCGAUUUUUAAGAGACACCAAGUCUAAGUUGUAUGAGUGUUGAAUAUUAUCAAUAAAAAAGGUAGUUCACGGUUUCCUUUCAA